AUGGACGACUUCUCCGACGAUGGCUUCGACGACCUAAACGUCGCCGUGUUACAGGAGCUCGAGACAAAAGCACUACAGGCAAUCCAGUCGCAACGACAACAACAUCAACUACAUCAACCCUUUCGAGAGCGGCAGAGCAACCUUGGCCACCGUCAUGGAGACGGAGAGAUCAUCGAGAUCGACGUCGAGCCAGAGCUUGGGCAGGAUGUUGACCGGGCUGAUGCAGCUGUGCUCCGCGAACUGGCCCGCGUCCCGGCACAGCAUGCUUUUGGUGGCCGACUGACAGCCGCGGCCGCACCGCCACCGCUUCCUCUACCAGCGUACUCGCAGCGGAGCCUCAUUGACGUUCCGCUACCCGUUGCCACGCGCAACCUAAGCCACAAUCACAAUGUCGGCGGCAACUACGGCAACAACCUCAACCCGAGGAAUGGCACCUUUUACCCACCACCCUCACAGCAGCGGCCCGUCGCCCCGCCACCAGUGUCCCAAGUACCAGGGCCGCCAAGGCCCUUGAUUCCUGUGCGAGCGGGAGCCGCCGGUGGAGGGGUGAGCAUGCCUGCGGCCGGCGCCGCAAGCGGUAGCAAAAGCACGGACAAUGCAACCAUCGCGGACCUUCAGCAACGAAUUCGCCUACUUGAGACUGAUAUCUACACUGCGCAAGGCAGGGCUUCGAUGAUGGCGAACAAGUACGACGAAGCACAACGGAAGCACGAUGCCGAGGUGGCACGAAUACAGAAGCAAAAAGACGAAGAACUGGCACGGUUACGCCAACGGACCGAGGCGGCCGUGGCGGCGCAAAAAAACGCCGCCACGGAGCUUGAGUUUGCCAAGCAAGACCUCAAAGAAGAGGUCGAGAAGAACAAAAAGGGCCGGCGCACCGACCGCGCAGACGGCCCGACCACACCGCGGAAAAACACAACGGCAAGAUCCAAUUGGAACGUCGCCGAUGGAUUUGAAGAUAUUGAGCUUCUGCCAAGCCCCAGUAAGAACUUUGGCCGGCGCCUCAAGGAGGCGGGCGCCAGCAGCGCGAUCUCUGCCAUCGAACGGACGCCGACAAAAGGCAAGCGGCGGCGAAACAUCACAGACAGUCCGACGAAACCCUUGGAGACGAUCGCUGCGGAGGACGAAGAUCUGUUCAAUGGAUCGCCAGGCAUGCCGGCAAACGCACAGCCUCCCACACAACCCGCCAACGAACCGCCAGAUUGUCCUCCAUUUGUGUUCAUUCAGGAGGUCCUCAGUUACCAGAGUCGACCUGAAGAGCCGACAACAAUCGAGCUGUUCUCCCGGUAUAGCUUCCCAUCAAAUCGAAACCAAACACUUGCUUUCUUGAUGCUGCAGAGGAUACCGAGCCUCGAAGGGACACAAGGAACAACGCGACUGAUGCUCGACUUUUGCCAACUUGUACUGGGUAUCUGGUCCCAGUGCCUACGAGAGGAGUAUUACGCACCAAUCCGCGCGCUCGUGUCGCUCAUGUCCUAUAUCCUUAUGCGCAACCCAACGGGCUUGACGCCGCACAUCAUGGCGCCUUUGGUUCCAAUCGCCCAGGAAACCGUCUACCUCGUGGCGGCGCCGACAUUUCACAACCACGGCGACAGCCUUUCGAACCACGCGAACUACACGGUCCGCCAGCUUGCCUGCGAUAUUGACACCGGGGCCAUCAUGUCCCUCCUCCAGCUCGUCGCAUAUGGCUGCCUCACCCAGACGCAGGGCGACGAGGAGCCGUCCUCCACACAGCAGCACCAAGCGAGCCAGACCCUGUCUCUGGAGAUGCACCGGCCAACACAGACGUGGUUCUGGAGCGUGAUCCAAUUCGAGUUUGUCCUGCUGAUGCUCUCGUCCAAGCAGGCACCCGACGCCUUUUUGGCCAUGCUCGCGCUUUUGCGGACGUCGGCUCUGCCAGAGUCCAUUGGCCCUAUCACCAACGACCCUGCUCGCGAUGCCGGUGUUGUUGCGGCCAUUGUCAUUGACCGCAUCAGCCAUCACAUUGAGGAGCCGCCGAAAUGGGCGGCCAAUUCCAAGUACACGGAGUGGGAUGUGCGGCUAGCGGCGCUCGGCGUGCUGGACUGCUUUGCGCAAAGCCCCUUUGGUCGCCUGAGCCUAGCUGCUGGCGAAUGCACUUUGCCACGUAUUGUUGGCGCCCUCGUCCCUGCAUACGGCGAGCUGCGGGACAGAGACCUGCUCGACGAGCCUCUUCACCCAUCCGAUGACCUGCUUUCUCUGUCGGAAUCGCAAAUACGUGCCUACGGCAUCGGCGGCUUUGACUUGGGACAGACGUUGGGUCUAAAGAAAGACAGUACAGCCCUGGGCUCGACAAAGGUAGUUGGCAACGUUUCGAGCGAGACCCUUGGAGCGGAAAGCGUGUUGUCACGAACGCCAGACGGCCGCGAUCUGAGCCGCAGCGCCACACCGCUGAUCCUUCUAUACGUCUCGUCGGCCGUCUAUCUGCUACACAGCAUCCUCACCGACCCGUACACUGCACACGUUGCCAACAUGCCGGCCAAGCUCGCAGACACACGCGGCGGCUUGCAAGGGUCUUACCUUCUUACCAUGGCCCGGCUGGGCUUUCGCAUCGACCCGGCUUUUUCAACGGGCCUCCACGAGGAGACCUACAAGGUCGCAAUGGAGCUCUUCAAACUGGCUGCCACGCCUCUCGAAGAGCGUGAGUAUGGGGAAUGGGCCAAGAAGAGCCAAAGUCUCAGCAGCGCUGCGGCGCGCUCACAAACGCAGCAACAGGAACACAGUGACCCGUUCUGUGACGCCAUUGUCGGUGACCUGACGGUCAUCAAGAUUGAAAAGGGCGCGGUGCCUUAG